AUGACGAAGUCGGACGCAAACAGUGAGGGCGCUGAGCUUGAUCAAUUCCUCCAAAAUGCAAUGUCAAUCAAGAAGAAGCUGAACGCGCUUGACACUGCCUUGCAGCAGAUGAUCAUGGCGUCAAUGAGUGUGGCCGCUGCCUUUGAGAGUAUUGGCCACUGCUAUGUCGACGUUACAGGAGCAGCAACCGUACAACGUGCUGAUGGCGCAUACAGUGCUGUCAGCCGUGAACCUGUGGAUGCUGCAGGUGCCUUGCACAACUCUGCAAAGUUGUUUGCGCUGCAGAUGCGCGAGUUGAAGGAUGGUGAUUCACUGUCCGAAUACAGGAUCUCGAUUCACCGACAGAUUCUUGAGCGGUUGCAGCCACUCCGUGAGGUGACGAAGAAGACCGUUGAUGCGGGUAAGGCAGCACAGUCGUUCUUGAAAGAGUACCAGAAAAAGGCAAAGAUUGUGGAAAAGAAGAUUCAGAAGUAUGCGAAGGCCAACAAACCACUCACUGAGAGCAAACUCUACAGCAAACAGGUGGCGGAGCGGGAUAGCGCCCAUGCAAGGUCGCAGGCGAAGACCACGUAUUUUGCAAAUCUGUACGAUGACCUCCUGAAGCAAAUGGAGCAGACGACAGGGGAGACACUGGACAAUUUCCUGGACAUAAACUGCUCCAUGCUGCAGCGCACACUCGAUGUCGUACGCGAAGUUGCGCCACGUGCCACUCAGCGCUACCCGUCGAUAUCUAAGGUACUCGUAAAGUCUGCUCGACACAGUGUGACAAUGCGGGCGGCUGAUAACUCUCCCCCAACAAAGACGUCGCGAAUAAACCCCGUCGAUGAGAGUGUGGAGGCACAGCCGAAUGGUGACGCAACACCGAUGCCCUGCGUCGGACAGGAGCCAUUUAACGAGGCUACCGCGCCUGCGAACCCGUACCUUCUCCCGAGUACAGUUGAUACCCACUCUGCUAUUGACAUUAGUGGUUCGGUUCAGCCGCAUGGGUCUCAUCACGAAACGCCGGAGCAGUGGGAGGUGCGUGUUCCCGAUAUAUAUGAGCCUUGA